AGCACACAGGGUGGGCGUGAAGGAUGGACUGCUUGCUCUGUGGGAGGAGUGAGAGAAAGUGAGCAGGAAGCACAGAGCCACCUGCAGGAGGACCGGGCAACCUCUGAGGGAGGGAGGAGGAGGGAGGAAAGCUGGCUGUGGCCGGGAGGAAGGUGGGAGCGGGCAGGGAGAGGGCCGCCCCACUCUAUUUCCCAGCUGCUGUCUGAGAUGCAGGCAGGAGGGUUGAGUGAAUUACACUGGCCCCACCUCCCAAGGUCUCUGCAGCUGCUGGACUGGACACAAAAGCGUGAGAGACAGAGCCACCAUCUCUGCUAAUUUGUACCUCACUCUGGUUCCUAUUACAGAGAGGCCACGUGUGACAAAAGCCAGGGCGGGGGCCCCACGCAGCUGUCUGCAUUUUCGAGGUACCCUGAGCUACGGCCAGGGUUCUUCCUCAAGGGAGGCAGGCAACGAAGAGCCUGCAGGUCAUGGCACAAGUGGACUCCCAGGACAGGCGGGGCAAGGUGUCUCUGAACAAUUUGACUCAGGAUACCCACGUGCUCAGCAGGGAUUUGGACAGAGAAGAGGAGGACGGUGGGGAAGCAGGGGAUAGAGCAGACACCAGGGAGCAAUGCUACUUACCAGGAACGCCUACCAAUCCUGACUUGCGGUGGCAGCCUCCAUCCUGCAAGAAGGAAGAGAAAUUCUCCAAUUCCCUCAGUGCCGAGGACCUGGGGCAGAAACCUACGGGGACAUCUGGGAAGAAGCCCAGUAGGAAAAGGGAGGACUGGAAGGCCACCCAGACUCGGGACUCCCUGGAAACAAGCAUGGCUCUCUGUGCCCUUCCAGGCAGCCUCUCUCACAAGUUGUUAGAUUGUACACAACCUCCUAGGAACUCACUACCUGCAGGUGAUCAUGGAGACCGGAAGGCAAACCAGGACACAGCCUUGGAUGGCCCAUCCGACUUCCUGGGCCCUGGAGAGUAUCUCUGUGCGCAGAAAGAUGCAGCGACAUCCCCAGACAGCUCCUGCCUGGAGUGCAUCCCCAAGUCGGGCAGCAUUUGGGACCUCCCCACGUGGGAGACACGUACACCGGCUCAGGGUUUCGCCACCCCAGCUAGCCUGGCAGCCGUGUUGGCAAAAGCGAGGAACAGCGAAAGAGGGCAGCGCCUGGCAGGUGCCGAGGAGGGUGAGCAGACCCAGGCAGAGGCGCGCGCGUACAGGAGCCUGCGGGGCGGGCGGGCCUGCCAGAAUCCGGGCGAGCUGCCGGGCCUCUCGGAGCACGGAGGCUGCAAGCCCUACGCUUGCGAGCUGUGCGGAAAGGCCUACUCCCACCGCGGCACGCUGCAGCAGCACCGGCGCCUGCACACAGGCGAGCGGCCCUACCGGUGCCCCUUCUGCGACAAGGCCUACACCUGGUCCUCCGAUCACCGGAAGCACAUCCGCACCCACACCGGCGAGAAGCCCUACCCGUGCGCGGACUGCGGCAAGGCCUUCGUGCGCUCCUCCGACCUGCGCAAACACCAGCGCAACAUGCAUAGCAACGACAAGCCCUUCCCGUGCACUGAGUGCGGCCUGACCUUCAACAAGCCACUGUCGCUGCUGCGCCACCAGCGCACACAUCUAGGUGCAAAGCCCUUCCGCUGCCCGGCCUGCGACCGAGAGUUCGCCGUGGCUAGCCGCAUGGUGGAGCACCAGCGAGUGCACUCGGGCGAGCGGCCCUACCCCUGCCCCACCUGCGGCAAGUGCUUCACCAAAUCCUCCAACCUGUACGAGCACCAGACGCUGCACACUGGCCAGAGGCCCUUUAAGUGCGCCGACUGCGGAGUGGCCUUCGCGCAGCCCUCCCGCCUCGUGCGUCACCAGCGCAUCCACACUGGCGAGAGGCCCUUUCCUUGUCCGCAGUGUGGCCAGACCUUUGCCCGCUCCUCCACCCUGAAGCGGCACCGCCAGAUCCACUCCGGGGAAAAGGGCUUCCCCUGCGCCGAGUGUGGCAGGGCAUUCCGUGUUGCCUCGGAGCUGACCCAGCACAUCCGGAUGCACAACGGGGAGAGACCUUACCAGUGUGAGGACUGCGGGCAGGCCUUCACCCGGUCCGAUCACCUCCAGAGACACCGCGCCAAGCACGACACCUGCAAGGAGCUCAUCCCUUCGUGCUCUGACGAGUGAGGGCCUGGUCGGCUGACUCCUAGGGGAGGACACCCUGGACCUCAGUGGGUGGAAUCACAUGUUGUUGCCAGCCAGCCUCACCAAUUAGCCUCUCCUCCCAGCAGCUUUUGCAUGCCCGUCUGCUUUACGAAUUUGAUCUGUUGUUAUGGAAAUAAGCGCAAGGGUUGUACCCAGGUAUAUGAUUUCACCCGCCUUCUGUAACUCCAAGAUCAUAUGCAGUUGAAAAAGAGUAAGAUAAAGGAGUAGGGGCUUGUGGAUAGUUGAAUUUCUUGGGUCAGAAAUUAUUUAUAGAAUUACAGUUUGGACUCUGAACAGGGCUCUAAGGGUACUGUGACAGAAAGGCUGUCUUAUCCUGCCUUCAAAGCCAUACUGAGAAGGUAUUAGAGAAAGGUGCUGCUCCGUUUUUACCAUAAAAACUUAAAGGAAUUUCCAGAAAUGGUCUUUGGGAUGGGCUCUUCUAAAGAACAAAAUCUGCCCAGCGGUAGGUCCAACCCAGCCAAACAUACCACCAUCAUUUUACUUGCUUGCUGAAAUCAGUUCUUGCCCUUGGAUUUAAUGCCCUUGGAGAAUCGGCUCCAGGAAGCUUGGCUUUGAAGUUGAGAAGGCCUUUACCUUAAAGAAAGGGGGAGGGGCCUUUUGUCCUGUAUUCAGAUACCAGGUAUUUCAGCAGUUUAAAACAGCCUCCAUCUGAAAAGGAGGCCCACUCCUCUUUACAGGAGAGCUUGGUAACUGGGUCUCAGCCGAGGCUCACCCACGAGUCUUCUGUGCCUCCUCUCUGGCUGCCUCUUGCCUCCUGGGAGCUUAAGUCACAGGUAAUAUUUGCAGAGGAAUUGGCCCACUUAAAAGUGAAAAGUAGAGGAUUCCUCCAGAUACAUGUAGGGUUCAUGAAUCUUUUUGGGUUCAUUUAAAUUUGUCUAGAUCAUUAGCUAUGAUUCGAAGUAAAUAAAAUUAAAACCUCCUUUGCCCAAGUGCCAAUUAGAUUGCCUGUGUUUGUUUCAAAGUCA